CAGAUCAAGAAAGAGUGAAGACAAGAACUGAAGUGAAAUUUCAAAGAUUGGAUAUAAUCACAGUUCACAGAAUAUUCCCAUCAUCCUACAAGAGAAGGACAAACUCCAAGAGUAGCAGCUGAAAUCUGUGUGACUGUUAAAGAUGGAGUUUAUAAAAGAGGAGAUUGAAGACAUGACUGAUCCAGAACCAUCCAGAAUAAAACAUGAAGAUACUGAGGAACAAACAGACCAGGUGAGAGUGAAAGAGCAAAGGCAAGAACUGAAUGAAGUGAAAGAGGAACAUCGUAACUUUACAAUUCAAGCCCAAAAGAUGCACACCUGCACUCAGUGUGGGAAGAGUUUCACAAAGAAAGGAAACCUUAACAUACACAUGAGAAUUCACACUGGAGUGAAACCGUAUCCAUGCACUCAGUGUGGAAAGAGAUAUUCUCGUUCAUCAACUCUCAGUUAUCAUCUGCGCAUUCACUCUGGAGAAAGGCCAUUUCACUGUGAUCAGUGUGGUAAAUAUUUUAAUUCAGCAUCACAUCUAAAAGAUCACCUACAAGUUCAUUCAGAUGAGAAGCCUCAUGUGUGUUCUCUCUGUGGAAAGAGUUUUUCAAGACUGAACGGUUUUAAAAAGCACCAGAAAACACACAAUGAAGUGAGAAAUCAUGUGUGUUGUGACUGUGGGAAGAGCUUUACUACAUCUGCCUCUUUGAAACAGCAUGAAAGAAUUCAUACUGGAGAAAGACCUUACAAGUGCUCAUCUUGCGACAAGAGUUUCACUCGGUCUGGAUACCUGAAAUCACACGAGCGAGUUCACACUGGAGAGAAGCCGUACGACUGUACUCAGUGUGGGAAGAGUUUCGUAGAUAAAAGAAACCUUACCACACACAUGAUAAUUCACACUGGAGAGAAACCGUAUACAUGCACUCAGUGUGGAAAGAGUUUCGCAAUGAAAAGAACACUUAAGACACACAUGAUCGUUCACACUGGAGUGAAACCGUAUCCAUGCACUCACUGUGGAAAGAGCUUUACUCGUCCAUCAACUCUCAGGCAUCAUCUGCUCCGUUACUCUGGAGAAAAGCCAUUUAACUGUGAUCAGUGUGGUAAAGAUUUUCUUUCAUCAUCAAAUCUAAAAGAUCACCUGAAAGUUCAUUCAGAUGAGAAGCCUUCUCUUUAUGCAGAGAAGUAUGCAAGAAAUUCAUUUCAAUUAAUCAUAAAUUUUCCCUGAUAUGUCACUGGACAUUAAGAAAUCAUGUUCAUUUCAAAUACUUACAUCACUGACAAGUAGUCCGGCCUGGAUAUUGUCAUUUAAAUAGUGAAGUCGCAGCUCUUGACUGAUGUUGAUAUUGUCAAGUUGUGUUUUGUUCUGAUGC